AUGGAUGUAGAGAAAGUGUUCCACAUGACUGGAGGAAUUGGCAAAACAAGCUAUGCCAAAAACUCCUCACUACAGAAAAAAGUAUCAGAUAAGGUGAAACACAUUCUGAUAGAAGCAGUUGAGGAUCUUUACAUUGAAACAACUCCAAAGAGUAUAGGCAUUGCUGAUUUGGGUUGUUCUUCUGGACCAAACACUCUCUCAAUCAUCAAAGAUAUCUUCCAAACAAUUCAAUCAACAAGUCACAAAAUCAUGCACCACUCUACUGAAUUCCGAGUCUACUUUAACGAUCUUCCAACGAACGAUUUCAAUUCAAUCUUCAAAGCUUUACCUGAGUUUCAAAAGUUGCUUAAUCAAGAUAGAAAAAAUGAUUUUCCUUCCAUUUUCAUGGGAGGUUACCCUGGUUCAUUUUAUGGAAGAUUGUUCCCUAAUUGUUACUUGCACUUUGUUCAUUCUUCCCAUUGUUUACACUGGCUUUCAAGGGUUCCUCCAGGAAUCUAUGGCGAGGAGAAGAAGUCUUUGAACAAAGGUUGUGUUUACAUUUGUGAUAAAAGUCCUGAAGUGGUUUCUGAAGCUUAUUAUAAGCAGUUUCAGGAAGAUUUUUCGUUGUUCCUUGAAUCAAGGUCUGAAGAAUUAGUUGUCGGUGGAAAAAUGGUGUUGACGUUUUUAGGAAGAAAGGGAUCUCAACAUGUUGACAGAGGCAAUUCAUUCCUCUGGGAGAUUCUUACUCGUGCAUUUACUAUUCUAGUCUCACAGGGAGAAAUAGAAGAGGAGGAACUUGAUUCAUAUGACGUGCAUUUCUAUGCACCAUCAAGAGAAGAAAUAGAAGAUGAAAUAAGGAAAGAAGGGUCAUUGGAAAUGGAGAAGUUGGAAAUGUUUGAGAUAGACAAAGAGCAAGGCAGGGAGAGUUAUGGUACAGAGUUUGCAAAAGCAGUUAGAGCUGUCCAAGAAUCAAUUAUCUCUAAUCACUUUGGAGAAAGGAUUUUGGACAAUUUGUUUGAGAUUUUUGCAACAUUGGUGGAUGAAGAGUUUGCAAAGGAGGAUAUUAAACCAAUCACUUUUGUUCUUGUUCUUCGAAAAAUAUGA